AAAUGACCAAAUGACCCAACAUCGACUCGUGUCACGAAACAUCAGGCAUUGUUGUGGAGAAGAAUGAAUAGGUUCCGCGCUUCGCGUUGCUCGAGGGGUGAAUGCACCAUUGGCCGAAUGUCCGUUUCGGGCUUUGCUGAACCCGAUCUCUUGCAUGCGAUGACCCUCUGGAAGCUCAUCCAGAUCGGAGGCGUUCACCAAGUAUCACACUGCUACACUCCCUAGCCAUUCUCCCGCCUACAUCAAAGUACUGUAGGCGACUAAACGUUCCCCAUAUAUACCCGCGUCCCCUUGUUUGGCGCACUCGGCGGAUUUUCGUGAAGAUCGUCGCGUGUUUUAGGUUACGCCAUCUGUCGAACACUCCGGUCAGGGUCCCAAACGCAGACAUGUCGACCACACCGAGCGAGCAUGGCGAGGGCUUGCAGAAGGGCGCCAUCGACCACGAUCUCUUCACAGACGGUGUUGUCGAUGCCGACGAGCCAGCUGCUGCAGCCGGCCCUGGCGCGACCACCACUACAGCAAUGCCUGAGAAUGUUACCACCACCGAAGGUUUGACACAGCAUCAGUAUCAGCAUCAGCAUGAAUAUCCGCAAGAGCCUGCUUUACAGCACAACCAGUCGCAAUCAAGUGAUGUAAGCUUAGACACUGCGGUGGAAAAAGAUGAGCCUCUUGUACAGGACGAGGAGGGCCAAGUGCACGAUGAAGAGAAGGGCGCACCGCCGCACGCAGGCGGUCCACCAGGCGAGCCUACAGUGCAGAGAUCCAAGGGCAAGAUUGCCGUUAUCAUGCUGGCGUUGAUGCUGGCUGUCUUCCUCGCGGCUCUAGACGUCACCAUUGUCACUACCGCUCUACCAACCAUCAGCGAGCAUUUCCACUCCACGGCAGGCUACACCUGGAUCGGUUCUGCUUUCCUGCUCGCCAACGCCGCCUCCAUCCCGUCGUGGGGCAAGAUCUCCGACAUCUUCGGCCGCAAACCCAUGCUUAUAGUGGCCAAUGUUAUCUUCUUGAUUGGAUCUCUCAUCGCUGCAUUGUCCAUCAAUAUUGGAAUGCUCAUUACUGCACGUGCGAUACAGGGUAUCGGUGGCGGUGGGCUGAUCAUUCUGGUCAACAUCACCAUUGGCGACCUCUUCUCCCUGCGCAGUCGUGGUGCUUUCUACGGCCUCAUUGGUGCCGUUUGGGCUAUCGCCUCUGCUAUCGGACCAGUGAUUGGCGGCGCGUUCACAGAAAAGGUCAGCUGGAGAUGGUGCUUCUACAUCAACCUGCCGCUUGAUGGCCUUGCGUUGAUCAUUUUGUUCUUCUUCUUGGAUCUCAAGACACCUCGGACACCAAUUAUGGAAGGACUGAAGGCUAUCGAUUGGAUUGGCUCGCUCACGAUCGUCGGCGGUACUUUGAUGUUCCUGUUUGGCUUACAGUAUGGUGGUGUGGUGGCUCCCUGGGAUUCAGCAAAGGUCCUCUGUCUCAUCAUCUUCGGCAUCGUCACUUUCGUCAUCUUCGCAUUCUGGGAGACCAAGUACGCAAAGUAUCCUGUCAUGCCAAUGAGACUGUUCAACAAGCUCACCAACGUUGCAACGCUGCUGGUCGUCUUUUUCCACGGCUACGUCUUCAUUGCCGGAUCUUACUACCUUCCACUUUACUUUCAAGCCAUCCGCGGCGCGACGCCCAUUCUCUCUGGUGUCUACCUUCUACCGACUGCGCUCUCCCUCGCCUUCACCAGUAUCGGAACGGGUGUCUUCAUCAAGAAGACUGGCUAUUUCCUGCCGCCAAUGUACUUCGGCAUGUUCAUGAUGGCGAUCGGUUACGGCCUCCUCAUCAACCUGUCGGCAACGAGCGGCUGGGCAAAGAUCAUCAUUUUCCAGAUUAUUGCCGGUCUUGGUAUCGGACCGCUCUUCCAGUCACCCAUCAUUGCAUUGCAAGCUCACAUCAACCCGAAAGACAUUGGUACUGCAACCGCCACUCUCGGCUUCGUCCGCCAGCUGGCGACCAGUAGUAGUGUCGUCAUUGGUGAAGUUGUCUUCCAGAAUCAGAUGAGGAAGAAGUCCGGUCAACUUACUCAGCUUCUGGGCCCGCAGCUCGCGCAGGCACUUGGAGGCGGUAACGCGGGCGCAAACGUCGGGAUUAUCAACACCCUUCCGCAGAACGAGAAGAGCGUGGUACGCCAGUACUUUGCGCAGUCACUGUCCACCAUGUGGAUCAUGUACUGCGUCUUUGCUGCCGUUGGACUCGCCUGCACCUUCUUCAUCCGCCGGAAAGUUCUGACCGCGCAACACGUGGAGACGAAGACCGGUAUCGAAGCGGAGAAGGAGCACGCGGCGGAAGUCAAGGCGGAGGCGGAGGCUAAGCGCGAGAGCAAGCGCAUGUCGAGGGCUUCCAAGGCCACAGGAAGCCGACCAAGCAGCCGAGCACACAGUGCGGCGCCUAGUACGCGCCCGACGACAGGGACGGGCAUGAGCGAGGCCGCGACAGAGGUGCCGCCUAUGCCGACCAUGUCGACGGAGCACUUCCAACAAUAUGCUUCGAAAGAGCAUGCGAGGAAUCAUGCGUUAUCGAAAUUGGAGUCGGCAGAUGCUGCAUGA